AUGUUGCUACGAUUCUUCUCACUAGCGGGUAUCUGCUUGGGCAGUGGCGUCGCUGCCCUCUCCCCUAAGGACCACAUCUCCGAUAUACAGACCUCAAACAUCCAACAUACUCGCCAUUUCUACAAAAUCGACAUUCCCUGCUCUCCCUGUGCAUUCUCAGACGCUGAAUGCUCUCAAAACCCCGAGUCAAGAUCACACGUGACAAUUGAUUUCUCCACCGACAACGGCACCCUAUACGCCAACCACGAACCCGUCUUCCCACCCUCAUUGCCCAUGCAAUUCCCCGCAGUCAAACAGUGGGAUUCCAGCAAACAAUCCGUCCUGGUCGCAUACGGCCUCGACGCACGCCCUCUCCCCGCCCAGCCGGGCGCCCUCCUGGGCGAGACAUUCCUCCUCAAACUGCGACUAUUCGAUCUCCACGGCCGGUCCGUCACACACGAUCUGGUCGCCGUGGCCGUCUCCCGACGCAAAGACGGCACUCUCAGCAUCGGCAAGGUCGAGCGGAGCCCGUUCCACAGACACGGACACAUGACGUCGACCUGGCGGCUCUUCAAAUCGCACAUCAAGCCCUACCUGGAUAAGCUGGCUGGGAGUGCCGCCCCCGAUGGCGAAUCGCGUCCUCAUCGCCGGCCGCUGCAUGCGGAUAUCUACCGGUUCAAGGACCCCGCGUCCCAUUACCACAAUACCAUGCCGUGGAGCAGCCGCGAUCGCAGCUUCAUGAGGCUCGUGCGGCCGGUGAUCCUCCCUGCGUUGCUGGGUGUUGCGGCGGGGUUGUGUGCGUGUCUGGUUGGGUUUGUGGUUGGGAGGGUGAUGAUCUCGUUGUGUCGGUGUUGGUAUGCCCGUAGGGGGAGGGGGUAUCGCGAGGUUCCUGCUAUUACCAUUGACUCUGUGGAGCUGGAGGAGGGGUUCUCGGAAAAGGAGGGAUUAAGUCGAGCGUCGCGGUGGCUGGGUGUAUGA